AUGACCUCAACAGCAGAUGUCGUACUCAAGGUGGUGUUUUCUCUGAUGAUCGCUAUAAACUUCCUUGGAAAUAGUCUGGUCAUCGUGGUGGUCAUGCGCUAUCGAAGAAUGCAGACCCCUAUGAACUAUCUGUUAGCUCAUUUGGCAUUAGCUGAUCUGAUGUUCGCGGUUUUUUUCAUCCCGCGACGGUUAUUAAUCACUGAAUUUCAGCAUCCAAGUGGAUGGGUCGGAGACCUUUUGUGCAGGACAUUCACUCACGCAAACUUAUCUUGGGUAGCAUCAGUGGCAGCGGUCAUAACAUUACUAAUUAUUGCAUGGGAGAGAUAUCAUGCCAUUAUUCACCCGCACAAGAGCCUUGGCCGUCUGACGAAACGAAGGCUCAGGAAAUUGAUCAUAAUGACAUGGAUUUUAUCUUUCAUAUUUCUUCUUCCCGAAACCUGUGUAAUAAGAUACAGUGAUGAGAAAAAGGCGUGUGCUUUCUUUUUCCCUGAUUGGCUCGGUAAAGCUGAUUCAGUCUUAUGGCUCUUUGCUAUAGGUCUCUUCCCGCUAGGAGCCAUGGGAAUUAUGUACGGCCGCGUGGUACGACGGUUAUGGUUUUCGGGCGACCAAACUUCAAACGUAUCCCAGAGGGCAAUGCUGCAGUCGCGGAAACACGUGACUAAGACGGUUUUAUUGAUAACCGUGGUUUUAGCAAUUUCUUGGCUUCCAAACCUUAUUUACUACUUUUUGGAGUCGUUUAAAUUUAUCAACGAUACAAGGACAAUAGUUACGAACGUUGGUUCGUCAGAGCACUUAUUUCGCCUCGUCACGUAUAUAUUCAUAUCAAUUAAUUCAACCAUUAACCCCGUUAUCUACGCAGCGCACGACAGAGCGUUUCGACGCCACAUGUGGAGACUAGUACCUAAAGGAUGCAAAUCUCGUAAUAAUAAGGUCAUAGGAGAUCAUCCAUCCACAGUUUCUGCCCUCGCUUUCAAGGGAGUUGCAAUGGAUCAGUGUAAACUCCCAGAACCGCAGGAACAGCACGAAAACAGUGAAACGUGUGGUUUAUAG